CCCCAUCCUGUCCUCUUACCCUCUCAGACUAAAAUUCAGCAACAAAAUGGCCCGCAAGUUCUUCGUCGGCGGCAACUUCAAGAUGAACCCCGCGAACGCGGCGGCGCUGGACGCGAUCGUGGACACGCUGAACAAGGCGCAGCUGCAUGAGACGGCGGAUGUCGUCGUUGCGCCGCCUGCUCUGUACCUCCUCCCCCUCCAGCAGAAGCUGCGUAAGGAAAUCCACCUCGCCGCGCAAAACUGCUACCUCAAAGACUCGGGCGCCUUCACCGGCGAGAUUAGCCCCGCCCAGCUCGCCGACGCGAAGAUCCCCUACGUGAUCCUCGGCCACUCCGAGCGCCGUACCAUCUUCGGCGAGUCCUCCGACUUCGUCGCGCAGAAGACGCAAGCGGCGCUGGCGAAGGGCCUCAAGGUCAUCUUCUGCAUCGGCGAGACGCUGCAGGAGCGCGAGGCGGGCGACACGCUCAAGGUAUGCCGCGCGCAGACGGACGCGGCGGUCAAGCUGCUGAGCCCCGCGGACUGGGCGAACGUCGUCAUCGCGUACGAGCCCGUGUGGGCGAUCGGCACGGGCAAGGUCGCGACGCCGGCGCAGGCGCAGGAGGUGCACGCGGCGCUGAGGGCGUACCUCGGCGAGGCGAUCAACUCGGACGUUGCGGCGUCGACGCGCAUCAUCUACGGCGGCAGUGUCACCGGCGCGAGCGCGGGCGAGUUGGCCACCCAGCCGGACAUCGACGGCUUCCUCGUCGGCGGCGCGAGCUUGAAGCCCGAGUUCGUGCAGAUUGCGAACGUGAAGGGCGCUUAGACGCUUGCGCUUUCGACGCGGAUGGUGCUAUCGGUGUGAUCAGGAAGAGGAUCAAUAGAAAAGUAGCGGAUGU